AUGGUCCAGACGGAUGCUUCACUGACGGCAGAUUUGUCCCUUGCUGGGGAUGCAUGCAAUGCCUACGGACAGGACAUUGAUGAUCUCAAAUUGUUGGUGGAAUAUCAGACAGAUUCCCGUUUGCACGUCAAGAUUUACGAUGCCCAAGAAGAAGUCUACCAAAUUCCAAAAUCUAUACUAGAUCCUCCCACCGGUGCACAAGGCUCAUCUCGAGAUUCAGAUUUAAUAUUUUCGUACACGGAAAGUCCAUUUUCAUUUGCAAUCCAGCGCAGCUCUAGCAAGGAGACUCUGUUCAACACAUCUGGCUCAAAUCUGAUUUUUGAGAGUCAAUAUGUACGGCUUCGCACCUCACUUCCUGAGGACCCAAACCUCUAUGGACUGGGUGAAAACUCAGAUCCAUUUAGACUGGAGACAGUAGACUAUACGCGGACUCUUUGGAAUGCUGGUCAGGCGUUUCUACCUCAAUAUACAAACCUCUACAGCAGUCAUCCGAUUUAUCUUGAAAUGCGGAAUGGCCAGGCUCAUGGUGUAUUCUUGUCGAACAGCAAUGGCAUGGAUAUAAAAAUCAACCGGACGAAGGAGGCUGGCCAGUAUCUAGAGUAUAACAUCAUUGGCGGUGUGCUUGACUUCUAUUUUCUAUCUGGACCUGCGCCGGCCGACGUUGCACGUCAAUAUGCAGGUGUUGUUGGCACGCCCACUCAGCAGUCCUAUUGGACCUACGGCUUUCAUCAAUGCAAAUACGGUUACAGAGAUGUUAUGUGGGUGGCCGACGUUGUGUACAACUACUCCCAGGCGAGUAUUCCACUAGAAACCAUGUGGACCGAUAUCGACUACAUGAACCUUCGACGAACGUGGACUCUUGACCCAGAACGGUUUCCGUUAGAUAUGAUGCAAGAGUUAGUUACUUACCUUCACGACCACGGGCAGCAGUACAUUGUCAUGGUAGAUCCACCAAUAUCAUUGAACGACAGCAAGUCAUACGACACCGCAGUGGACUCGGGGGCUCUGCUCAAAUAUGACAAUGGCACAUACUUCGUAGCGACGAUGUGGCCGGGAGCCGUUUCGUAUAUCGAUUGGUUUCAUCCAAAUGCGCAAUCAUUUUGGAGUGGACAGAUUGGUUCAUUCUUCAAUGACGAGUCAGGAAUAGACGUCGAUGGCAUGUGGAUUGAUAUGAACGAGCCAGCUAAUUUCUGUGGAUAUCCAUGUACAAACCCCGUUGAAAUAGCCAUCGAGGAGGAUGAUCCUCCAGCUCCGCCACCAGUUCGCACAACAUGGCCUCCUAUCCCCGGAUUCCCGGCUGACUUCCAGCCUCCCACGGCUACUUCAUCCCCAAACUCCCAAAAGGUAAAAGUGAAGAGAGAUAAUUCACCAUCGGCAACAGGUAAUAUGACUGGGUUGCCGGGGCGAAACUUUGACAAUCCACCCUAUGCUAUUGAUAAUGGUGUUGGUCCGCUGAGCGUUGGUACCAUCUGGCCCGAACUUCAAGAAUAUGGUGGCUAUGUGCAAUAUGACACACAUAAUCUGUACGCAUCUGCUAUGAUUGCAAUGUCUAGAGAGGGUCUCCUAGAGCGUCGGCCAAAGCAACGCCCAUUCAUCAUCUCACGAAGCACUUUUUCCGGGGAUGGGAGAAACUCCGGUCACUGGACUGGAGAUAAUGCCUCAACGUGGGCACAUUACCUGCUUUCAAUUGUGCAGAACAUGGAAUUCGCCUCGAUUUUCCAAAUCCCAAUGGUGGGAGCUGAUGUAUGUGGUUUUAACGAUAAUACUACCGAGACGCUUUGCGCCCGAUGGGCCAUGCUGGGCGCCUGGUACCCGUUCUACCGUAAUCAUGCAGACAUUUCUGCCAACUCUCAAGAGUUCUAUCGCUGGCCCUUGGUCACGGCAGCAGCUCAGAAGGCAAUAACGGCGCGCUUCUCACUAUUGGAUUAUUUCUAUACGGCGUUUUACCAGCAAACUGUUGACGGUUCACCAAAGACCAUCAUGCCCUUAUUCUUUGAGUAUCCGAAUGACCCUAAAACUCUGAAUAUCAGUUACCAGUUUUUCUUCGGCCCAUCAGUUCUCGUGUCACCUGUAACUGUCGAAGACUCAUUGAGCGUAACGCUUUACCUACCUCCCGAGGACAUCUUCUACGAUUUCUGGACCGGCGAAAGUGUCACGACCACCGACAGCUCCGACAUGCUCACACUUGACAAUGUUACAUAUACUGACAUUCCGGCACACAUACGGGGAGGAACCAUCCUUCCUCUACGCUCAGACGCCAAAAGUGCCAACACCACUGCUGAGCUGCGUACACACGAUUUCGAGUUACUUAUUGCCCCGGACGCCAAUGGGAAAGCCUCGGGCAGUCUGUACCUCGACGAUGGGAUAACACUUGACCCACAACAGUUUAGUAACAUCGAAUUCAGUUAUGAGAAUGGACAUUUGGUGGUCAAUGGCUCCUUCGGGUAUGAUUCAGGUGUGCAGGUGAAGAGUCUCACGGUGUUGGUAAACGGUGCUGCUAGUACUAGCAAUAGCAGCAGCAGUACAGACAGUUAUGGCAGAAAUGGCAUUAUUCAACAACUGAAUCAGGGACUUGAUGCGGGGUGGGAGGCAGACAUUUAG